CGAACAACAUAUUUUGCUCCGGCGCUCCAGAAGCCGCCGGCGAGGCUGGAGACUUCCACUGUUCUAAUCCUGUACAUGCCUUCCUUCCUUCAUGUGCCACGUGGCCUUAUUUGAUUCGUCAGAUCUUCACAGACGGUGUCGUUAGGUGGCCGUCAAAGACGACAAACGGCACGUGGAAAUGCCGUUAAGGGUUCACCCUUUGGAAAAUUAGAUGAAAGUUCUAUCAUUGAUUGAAUGUGCCUGUGCUUUUUUUUUUCUUCUUGCGACAAAACAAUAAAAUUCGCUGAACCGAAAUCGAAUCGUGGUUUUGCUCAUCGUUCGAGCUGAAGGCAGGCAUGGCGAUUUGGUCGAUCGUUCGGAGAAAGGUCGUCCAUGGCGGCGGCUCUUCUGCUUCCUCGAUUCUGGAAAAAUCAUGGAGGAGUACGCGGGCUGCGGCGGCAUCUCGGCCGAGGUACUAUGGAGCUAUUGCAAAAGAGAAUUCACUUAUUGCGAGAGGAUCACAACAAGUGAUGACUUCUGUCGGCCGUCGUUCAUAUCUAGGUUCCCAAAUGAGCUUAGAGUCUAUAAGGGGGGUGGCACCGCACAUGCAAGCAUUCAACACCAGUAGUAGGUUGUUCUCUUCUGAUAAUGGUGGAACUGUGGAUGCUGUUGUUCCUUUCAUGGGCGAAUCUAUUUCUGAUGGCACAUUGGCCGCUUUCUUGAAGAAACCAGGAGAUCGUGUGGAAGCUGAUGAGCCCAUUGCUCAGAUAGAAACUGAUAAGGUCACAAUCGAUGUCCCUAGCCCUUCAGCCGGGAUUAUUGAAAAGCUCGUGGCGAAUGAAGGAGAUACUGUAGAGCCCGGUUUCAAGAUAGCCAUCAUUUCAAAAUCUAGUGGAGCCACAGCUCAUGCUGAAGAAUCGGAGAAGAAACCGGCGGAGGCAAAAGAAGUAGAAAAGCAGAAGCCUGUAGCAGAGGCUUCUCCUAAAGUAGAAACUUCACCACCCAAAGAGAAGCCUAAAGUUCCUUCUCCACCUCCCUCAGGAGCCUCAGCAAAGGAGCCUCAACUUCCUCCAAAGGAAAGGGAAAGAAGGGUUCCAAUGACAAGACUCAGGAAACGUGUUGCUACCCGAUUGAAGGAUUCUCAGAACACUUUCGCUAUGCUGACUACAUUCAAUGAAAUCGACAUGACCAAUCUGAUGAAACUCCGGUCAGAGUACAAGGAUGCUUUUGUCGAAAAGCAUGGUGUCAAACUAGGUUUCAUGUCAGGAUUCGUAAAGGGCGCUGUCAGUGCACUCGAAAAUCAACCGAUCGUGAAUGCUGUCAUUGACGGAGACGACAUUAUCUAUCGGGAUUACGUCGAUAUCAGCAUAGCUGUUGGUACACCGAAGGGACUCGUUGUUCCCGUACUCCGAGGUGCAGAUAAGAUGAACUUUGCCGAGAUCGAAAAGGAAAUCAACAAUCUGGCCAAGAAAGCAACGGCUGGCACUAUAUCUAUCGAUGAGAUGGCCGGAGGCACAUUCACAAUAUCUAACGGUGGCGUUUAUGGAAGCCUUUUGAGCACUCCGAUCAUUAACCCUCCUCAGUCUGCGAUUCUCGGGAUGCAUUCAAUAGUGAACCGUCCAAUGGUUGUGGGAGGAAAUAUCGUGUCGAGGCCGAUGAUGUACAUAGCACUGACAUAUGAUCACCGUCUGAUAGACGGGAGAGAGGCCGUGCUCUUCCUCCGUCGCAUCAAAGACGUUGUGGAGGAUCCCCGAAGGCUUCUUCUUGAUGUCUAAGCCGCUUUUCCGACUCCCUCCGAGGUAAUCUUCGAGUUCCCGAUACAACCUCAGAAGCUUUGUCUUGUGGAAUUUUUUUCCCGCGUUGAAAACGAAUAAAACGGUUUGUUAACCAGAAAAUUUUCGGGUGUCCGAAAACAAGAGUUCGUAGACACCAACGUUUUGUUGUUAUUCCGGUUGAGUUUUCUUUGGUGUUAACCUAAAUAUAUUAUCGUUCACAUCUC